CUAAACUCAAAGACCUAUAAUAAUUCCUUGGUGCAUUAAUUGUGAUGUUAGGCGUUAUUCUUUGACAAGCAUCUUUUAAAGGCAUUACAGGUCGAGUAUGGCAGUAGCAGGCCAUUCGGAACUGGAAACUGAAUAUGAAUCCGACUUCGACAUGCCAAGACAAGCAGGAUGUAGGGAGAUAUGUCGCAACUGCUGUAUGAACCAUCUGCUAAGUGCUCUAACGUUACUUGGGCUCCUAGGAGGGAUAGGACUGGGCAUUGGCCUAAAAUAUCUCGACCCGUCGGAGGGUGCCAUUCUCUGGAUUGGAAUGCCCGGCGAAAUUAUGAUGAGACUUCUAAAAAUGAUGGUCCUUCCUCUCCUCCUGUCUUGUGUUAUAUCAGGAAUUUCAAAACUGUCUCGUUCUCUCAGUGCUCGCGUCCUCCUGGUGUGUUUCGCGUACAUGCUGCUAACCAGCCUUCUUGCAAGUGUCAUUGGUGUAGCAAUGGGCUUUGCUUUUAGCCCAGGUUUAAAGGUCAAGAGGACGGACCCAAAGGAUAUAAUUCAGACCCCUCGGCCACUCGAGCUGUGUGCUGAUUUUCUUAGAAAUGUGUUCCCCAAAAACAUCAUUACAGCCAGUCUUCAAAUGGAACAAACCAACUAUUCCGCCCGGCCUUCCCACGUCCACGAACUGAUGAAGUACAAAAUAUCCAGUAUCAAUUGCAACUUCACAGAGAAUCGAACCCAGGACACCUUGCAGGAAAGUAAUGCAACGCUAAACGAAUCCUUCGCCUGUACUCCGCCAUCCCCGGCGGUUACACCAUCACAUAAUAUGAGAGACAUCAUUGCUGUCGAUGGUUUGGAUGCCCUAGGUGUCGUCUUCUUUGCCUGCGUCAUUGGCCUAUCUGCCAGUACGCCGACGAGGAGCGGCCGUCCUUUGAGAAUCCUGUUCACGUCAUUUGCAGAAGUCGUACAGAGGGCAUCCCAAUGGUUUUAUUGGAUAAGUCCAGUUGGUUUGGUUAGUUACACUACCGCUUGCAUCCUUUCCGCCCCAGACGUACGCUCAACCAUUCCCUCUCUCGGCUACUUCUUCCUGGCCGUACUGGCCGCGGCAGCCAUCCACCAAGUUGUCACCCUGCCGGUUCUUUACGCAGGAAUAACGAGAACGAAUCCAUUUAGGCUGCAGCUUCGCCUAUUCAAGUCUUGGUUGUUACUCCUUGGCACUUCGAGCAGCGAUGUGGUGAUGUCCGAACUCAUGGAGGCAUGUCGUAAAGAAGGCACAGACGUGCGCGUGUAUGAGCUCGGUAUCCCCUUUGUCACGGCGCUGAAUCGGAAUGGCGACGCUCUCUACAUCACAUCGGCUUGUCUCUUCAUCUCACAGCUUCACGGGAUUGAUCAUGAUCCAAAGACCAUCGUUGUCAUUGUGCUUCUCGCCAUCUUCAUGACCAUCCUAUCACCCCGAACCUCCAAUGGUACCAUACUCACUCUGACCGCCAUUCUCAGCAUUGUAAGGUUACCCACCACGUAUAUCCCCAUGCUCGUAUCCAUUGAUUGGCUCAUGUCUCGGCUGAGAACCACCUGUGACGGCAUCAGUAGCUGCUACUGCGUUCGUUUUACCUUUGCCGCCUGCAAAGACCAGCUUGAAACCUACGACAUCGACCAACAGAUCAUGUACAGCAUUCGUUCAUUGAACAGACUCUCUCGGACUCUCUCCGGGUCGGAAAGCGGCAUGGUCACGGUCGUGUAAGGCAGCGGUGAAAGUC